AUUUGAAAGCACAGUCUUGCAAUGGGAUGCAUUUCAUGCCGUUUGGUUUUGACACUCAUGUUGCCCAUUACUUGCAGACAUACAAUGUAAACACAGGGUUGAGAUCUGAGGCUGGGAUUGGACACAUGACGAGUUCUGCUCAAUUAGCUCACUGUCUGUUUUCUUAUUCCCAGAAAUCCCAACAUGUCCUGGGAUAAAGAUUUUUAUGCAACAGGCUUAGGUGUUCAAAUGAAUAUUCCAAAGUUCAAGCUUUAUCACAGGGGGACCCUCAUUUGUCACUAGUUUCCACUGGAGGUCCUUGGAUUCAACCAGGACUUCCAGCCAACAACAGAACAUCUACAUCAACUCCUCCUAAUCUGUGGGUCGUUAAACUGCUCCAAUUAUCCAUCCUGAUAAGGCCCAAACGGGCUUUAGUUCAUUUUAAACGUGUCUAAGAGAGAACCUGAAGUUCAGCAGUGUUUACCACAUUUUGCCCCUUUUAUAUGUGAUUAUGAAAUAAAGUAUUUCCCACAGAGAACAUAAGCACGGGAUGUAACAUGGCUGGAUGUUCAGUGGGAAUUAAAAUGUAAAAGCUGAAUGAAGCUCCUCUCUCAGUGCGGCAGCAGCAGCAAGAGUUGGCCGCUAGAGCGACAAAGGAGAGCGAGUCUUUUAGAGAAACCAGUCAGUCUGAAUGAAUGGAGCAGAGAAGAUGGUCGAUCGGAGUCCAUUCCACUGAACAAAAUACGGGUUCAGCCUCAGCUGUGUGCGGUGAAGUUGCUUCCUCGGAGCUGCGGCUUUAAAGGCCCUUUGGUGAAGAUUUUUGCCCUCUUAAUCCCAUCAUUCCCGUACAGACCGAGCUUCAUUAGCAGGGGGUUUAUUGUUUCCCCCCCCCCCUCUGCCAAGGUUGAGGAGAUCUCUCUGCUUCUCUGCAACAGGUUAUUAACCGCUGAGCCCAGCCUGCAGCCCCAACUUCCAGCGCUGGUUAGUUCAGGUAACUUUGCGCUGGUUUGUGCGGAACGAUGCUUUUCUUUGCGGCGCUCUCCGCGAUCUGAGCUGCAUGCGGCAUUGUGCUCCAAACCGAGUCGGCCCGAUCUGAUCUGGUCUGAACUGUACUACCAACCUGAGCGCCACCGAUCCGUCUUUAUGGGAGCAGAAGCGAAAUGAAAAUGGCCCCAACAAUGAGACUGCCGAACAAACAGUAGAUCUGAUCUGUGUGCAGCUUCGGAACGCCGACAAAGACCCGAGAAGGAGGAUUCUGCAAGGAUUGAUGGUACCGAACAAGUGGAGCAUGAAUUCGGUUCUGCACAAAUCGCCUCCAAGGAGCUGGCUUGGGCUCAGAUUAAGACUGAAUGAUAAGCCAGUCCAGGAGGAAGACUGGGUGGUGUGUCAGCACCCUGAGUGUCCUGACCGCCGGAGGGCCUCUAAGGUUUGCCACCACCCGGACUGCCAGGACCUGAACAGCAAAAACCCGCUUCAUCUAUGUGAGUCAUGUGACUCACGAUGCCAUCCAGAGAGCGCCGACAACAUGCACUUUGACCGACACCCUCGAUUUGACCUGCAAUCUCAAGCUUCCAUCCUGGCUCGGAACGUGUCCACACGCUCCUGUCCCCCACGCACCAGCCCCCCCUCUGAUCUGGAGGAAGAGGAUGAGGGGAGCAAUGACCGCGGAGAGCGUAAAACAGUGGGGAUGAAGUUGGGAAAGAAGAAACCAAGGAGACGACACACUGAUUCCAUCUGCUCUCUGCAGGACCCCAGCAAGGAGUGCUUCAGCCUCAAGUUUGACCUCAAUGUAGACAUCAACACAGAAAUUGUACCUGCUAUGAAAAAGAAAACACUGAGAGAGGUUUUAGGUCCAGUGUUUGAGAGGAAUGGCAUCGAGCUGUCACGGGUCGACCUGUUCCUCGAUCAGUCUAAUACACCACUGUCCCUCCACUUCGAGGCCUAUCGCUUUGGAGGACACUACCUCAAAGUUAAAGCACGUCCAGGUGAUGAGCUGAAGGUGGCCCAGGGUGUGAAAGACUUUCGAUCGCACAGCCUGCCCAUCAUGAAGCCCCCUGAUGGCCAGAGCCCCUACAUCCUCACCCCGACCAAAGAGAAGGUGGCGCAUGAAUCUCUGGGGCGCCGUGAAAGCAUAGAUCUCUUGGGUCAGGCACGACGGAGGAAGAACAUGACGGAGUUCCUGGGGGAGACUAACAUUCCGACCCCGGAGGCUCUGGGACAGCUGGGUGGCUCUCUGCCCGCUGUUGGGGCAGGGCCAGACAGCUGGAAGAAUCGUGCCGCCAGCCGCUUCAGUGGCCUGUUUGGCUCCAAUGCCGGAGCAGGGCCCUUUGGCAAGGAGUUGGACCGUCUUGAGCAGCUCCAGAGCAAACUCCACUCCUACUCAUUAUUUGGGCUCCCCAAGGUGCCGCAGCAGCUCUCCUUCCACCACGACUCUUGGGAGGAGGAAGAGGAGGAGGCCAAUCUGGUCAUGGAGGACAGCUGGCAGACGUUGCUGGACGAUUCGAAGGCGCUGACAAAGCGACAAUUCCACCAGCAGGAGGCGAUAUGGGAACUGCUGCACACAGAAGCCACCUACAUAAAGAAACUCAGAGUCAUCACUGAUCUGUUCCAGUGUGGGCUGCUGAAUCUGCAGGAAAGCGGCUUGCUGACGGAUGUGGAUCCCACCAAGCUGUUCAGCAACAUCCAGGAGAUUGUCCGGCUCCACACCUCACUGUGGAACCAGGUCAUGCUGCCUGUUCUGAAGAAGGCCAGGGAGGCCCGAGCCCUGCUUGACCCCACUCACCUCCACGACGGCUUCAGGACGUUUGGGUCAAGGUUCCAGCCAUACAUCCAUUACUGCAUGGAGGAGGAAUGCUGCAUGGAGUACAUGCGCAUGCUUCUCAGGGACAAUGAGCUGUUCAAGACGUACGUUACGUGGGCAGAGACCCAUAAGCAGUGUAACCGUCUGAAGCUGGCUGACAUGUUAGCAAAGCCUCAUCAGAGACUGACCAAAUAUCCACUCCUGCUGAAGAGCGUACUGAAGAAGACUGAUGAGCCAUCAGCCCGCGACAUCGUUAACAGCAUGUUGGUCACAGUGGAGAGCUUCAUCAACAGCGUGGACUCGCAAAUGCGACAGCGUCAGGAGCAGCAGAAGCUGGCUACAAUCUCUGCCCGCAUAGACUCCUACGAGGCUGUGGAGGGCAGCAGUGAAGAAGUAGAGAAGAUCCUCAAAGAGUACAACCACUUCGAUCUAAUGUCUCCCAUGAGAGGGACGUCACCGGAGGAGACUCGACAGCUGCACCUCGAGGGAGCUCUGAGGAUGAAAGAGGGCAAAGACAGCAGGAUGGAAGUCUACUGUUUCCUGUUCACCGACCUGCUGCUAAUUACUAAACCGGUGAAACGAGUUGAAAAGGUUAAAAUUAUCAGACAGCCUCUCCUCAUUCACAAUGUCGUCUGUAAGGAGCUCAAAGAUCCUGGUUCUUUUAUCCUUAUCUACCUCAAUGAGUUCAAGAGUGCAGUGGCUGCCUACACUUUCCAAGCCAACAGCGCCACCCAGGGGCGAAGCUGGAUAGAUGCAGUUUGCAAUGUCCAGAACCAGCUGCAGAAGCUCCGCAGUCAGGAAGUUGUCCGGCAGCAGGACAUCCAGAAGAAAUCUACUGCCGAGGAUGAGGAGGAAGAGGAAGAUGAGAGCAGCAACUCCACUACGAGCUCCCCGAUCCUUCGGCACAAGGACGAGCAGAAUUCAAGCCAAUCAGAUGGCUCAACUGAGACCCUGUCUGUGAUGGAUGUUGAUGAGCCGGCUGAGCGCCAACAGUCUCUUGCCUCCAGCACAAACUUUGAAGAAGGCAAAGACUCAGAGCCUGACCUCGUUCUCCUGUCAGAAAGGUCUGAAGUCCAGCAGACCACACACCAAGUGCAUCCCACUGUUUACAUUGGCCUUAUUCAGGAGGAGAGUGAGGAGCUGGACCCUCUGUGUCGCUCCCUCUCCAUGGACAGCGCUUAUGGUACCCUCUCUCCUGAAUCCCUCCUGCGAGAGCUGCAGCUACAGCCCGUCCAAAGUGAGGGAGAGGAGGAAACAGAGGAAGUGGGAGAUCAGGAGCUGGAGUUUGGUAAGCCAAAAAUUGAGGAAGUGAAAGAAGAGGAGGAAGAAGAAGAAGAAGGGGAGGAGGACGAGAAUGCCUCUGCAGUGUCCCAGCUGUCGGUGGUGCAGUUGUCCAAACCCCGCCGGCGGCCUCCUGUGCAGUCCAGGCUUCAAGGCAUGCAGAGGUUGUCCCCUCUAACCUUAUCUCGCUCUGAGGACAACCUUCUUCAGUGGGUCCAUGGCGAAGGCCCCAGCACUCACAUACACACUCUCAACUCCGAGUCCCAGGAACUGGACUGUGAGGACAUAGACAUGUCCUCUCUGGCUCACAGUAAGAGUCUGUCGGAGCUGCGGCGGAACGGCCUCAACCGAUCGGAAGACUGUUUGAGCGUGAGCAUGCCCUCUGGAAAACUUAAAGCCAGCCUGAGUAGGGCCGAGGCCAUGUACAACUGCAAGAUUCCCACCGGACUGUGCGAGCUGAAUGAGCUGGAUGGGGAAACAGCUCUAUCAAGCGGCUCAGAUAGGAAAUGCAACACAGCAGCAGACAAUAAUUCACCUAAAAACAAAAAGAGGAAAUCUCCAGUCCAGCAGCACAAGAAGCUGACUCUAGCUCAGCUUUACAGGAUACGCACCACUCUUGUUCUUAACUCCACACUGACGGCAUCGGAAGUAUAACUUCUCCUUUGAACGUCAGACCAGCAGCGCAUGGACAUGACAAGGAUUAACGCUUGUUUUGUGUGGAUGGACUGAUUUUCUAUAGACACGGAUGCACUCUUUGUCAGACUGCCCUCUCCCUUGCAGUUACUAUUUUGGACAUUUUUUCUUUUUAUUUAUACAUCAGCAAUCACAUAUUCUUUUCAUGUUUCAUUGGUAUCUGAAUUCCUCAAACCAAAAGGGAGGGGCAGAGAGACAUUAACUGCCUGCACUUUGCAACAGAAGUAGCACUGGAGGGUUGGAACCUGCAGAGAAGAGACGUCCAGGCGUAGGUCCGACAACCUCGUCCCUGCACUCCACACAGGAGAUGUUGAGCUCUUCGCUUCCUCUCACUCAUGAACUGAAGAAAGAAAAAAACAAAUCUUGAAUACGUUGUGUGUUAGCAAAGAAAAAAAAACCCUGACACUUGUACUGCUCUUGAUUUGCUUCAUCAAAGGAAAUGAUUGCAGUUUUCCUUUAGUACAACACUAAAGAGUGACAUUUUCAGCCAUGAAAUGAAUUGUUAGAGUUCAAACGUCAUGUUUAUGACGCAUUUCUGAUUCUUGACUGAAGCAAAAUGGAUAUCCAUCUCCUAUGAAUAUGCAAACACACCAAAAGAUGGAAGACCUAUGUAGCCCUGAUAGAAAAAAUAAAAUAAAUAAAUAAAUAAAAAGAGCAGUCCAGAUAAGCCAAUCACGUUUCAGUUUAUGAAAAAAUGUCUACUUCUUGUUUACUGUUUGUGUUUUUUGCUGAACUAAUGACUAAAAAUGGUUGACUGAAGCAGUUUUGGUGAUGUUUUUUUUCUGCACUAUACGUUUUCAAGCUUGAGGCACACACACGCAAAAGAAAUUAAGCAUAUUCGCAAGAACAACGAAAAGUCACACUAGCGUGUGUUUCUUUUUCCUAAUAAUGUUAGCAGGUUGAAGAAAAUGUUUGUGGUGAUUAUUCUGUAGAGCUUCAGCUGAACAGUGUUCUCCAGGAGAGUAAAAAAAGCUUGUCACAUCCGUAAUUUACUCCAAACAUGGCCCAAACCAAAUAGGUAAAUAACAUUGUUUAAUUCUGUUUUUUUGUUUUUGUUUGUGUGUAAUAUUUAUUACCCCUGCUAUGUUUUAUAUAUAAGAUAUUGUUUAUAUUGUUUUCUUUCAUGAUUUGUAAAUGUUUUUUGUUAAUGUUUUUUGUCUUGUCAGGAAUUAAUUUACUAUGAACCAAAAUCAUGUCUUUUCUUUCAGGAAUGACUAUAAAGUGUCUUACGAAAUAAUAAAAAAAUUACAAAAUAAA